AGAGAUCCAAACUUCCGGUGCCUGCGGAGAGCUGAGCGGCGGUGCUACAGAGGCUGCACCGAGUGGCUUUUGCUCGGGCGGAGGCUGCAAGGCGGACGCUCGGGCCGGCGCAGCCAUGGUGAAGAUAAGCUUCCAGCCGGCGGUGGCCGGCAUCAAGGGCGACAAGGCCGACAAGGCUUCGGCCUCGGCCUCGGCCUCGGCCCCAGCGCCCACCCCGGCCGCUGAGAUCCUGCUGACGCCGGCUCGGGAAGAGCGGCCCCCCUACCACCGCUACAAGAAAGGGGGCUCCGUGGGCGGCGUGUGCUACCUGUCGAUGGGCAUGGUUGUGCUGCUCAUGGGCCUGGUGUUCGCCUCUGUCUACAUCUACAGAUACUUCUUCCUGGCUCAGCUGGCCCGAGACAACUUCUUCCACUGUGGCGUCCUCUACGAAGACUCCCUGUCCUCCCAGGUCCACACUCACAUGGAGCUGGAGGAGGACGUGAAGAUCUACCUCGAGGAGAACUACGAGCGCAUCAAUGUGCCCGUGCCCCAGUUUGGGGGCGGUGACCCUGCAGACAUCAUCCACGACUUUCAGCGGGGUCUCACCGCUUAUCAUGACAUCUCCCUGGACAAGUGCUACGUCAUCGAGCUCAACACCACCAUCGUACUGCCCCCCCGCAACUUCUGGGAGCUCCUCAUGAAUGUGAAGAGGGGGACCUACCUCCCUCAGACGUACAUCAUCCAGGAGGAGAUGGUGGUCACGGAGCACGUCAGCGACAAGGAGGCCCUGGGCUCCUUCAUCUACCACCUGUGCAGCGGGAAGGACACCUACCGCCUGCGGCGCCGGGCCACCCGGAGGCGGAUCAACAAACGAGAGGCCAAGAACUGCAACGCCAUCCGCCACUUUGAGAACACCUUCGUGGUGGAGACGCUCAUCUGCCGGGUGGUGUGAAGCCCCGCCCCCGCCCUCCAGGCCCCGCCCCCGCCCUCCAGGCCCCGCCCCAUCUUCCAGGCCCCGCCCCCACCCUCUUCCGUUUUCUCUUCCGGCCACUCUCUGGCUCUCCUUAUCCUGCUUAGCUUGUACUUUGGACGCCUUCCCCGUAGAUGUGAUGUUUCUCUCCCCGUUUCUCUCCAGCCCUGCCCGCCUCCUUGUACCAGAGCUGUGACCUCUCAAGGCCUCCCCCUCUGCUGACCUCUCGGGUGUGGGGGAGGGAGGGGACGCCCCAAGAUGGUUUCUGUGACCAGCAUCUUGAGGUCAGGUGCCUGGGGCCCUGGCCCACAGCGGCACUGGUGGCCCAAGGGGAAGGACAGGACGGAAGGAACCAGGCAUGUGGGGGUUCUGGCGAAGGGAUGGGGUCAGGGGAAGGGGUGUGGAGUGGGGUUCAAGAACAUCUGCACAGCUGGGAAGGGCCUAAAAGGCCUUUUGCUUGCUCUGCACGCAUCCCCUACUUUCCAGCUCUCAGACCUGAACUGAGGAUGGAGGGAACGUGCCCAAGAAUGGACCCCGCCCCCCCCCUCCUCCCAGAGCACAAGGGAAGGUGGCUGUCCUGGGGCUGUCCCCAGGACUCUAGUCAGUGCCUUCGGCCCACCUGUGGGAGCCUGGAGUUUGGGGUGGGGGGUUCAGAUAAGUCCGUCAAGCACAAUCAAUCUCCGGGUGGAACCAAAGAAGGAAGGAGCCAGGGCUGGGGGCGCUGGCCCCCCAGGAGCACAUGUGGGGUCCCCACCAGCCACAGCCACAGAGCAACAGGGUGGGGGUGUCUUCUCCUGUCCAGGGGCGACCCUGCCAGCUGAGCACUGAGCAGGGAUGCUCAAUCCUUCAGAGAGAGGGGGGCUCCCUGCUGUCCCCGGGGUAGAGCUCUUGUAGGAAGCCAUGGGUGGGUGGGGGGAGGGGAGGGAGAGCCAGCUGGUACUUGGGAACCCUGCCUCCUCUCUGGAAUUCCAGUCCCCUCUGGGGGAAUGCAGCGUUUCCUUUUCCUUCUCACUUUUGCAUGUUUUUACUGAUCGUUCGAUAUGCUAACCGUUCUCAGCCCUGAAGAGAAGGGCUCCGACACCUCCAGUCAGACUUUGGUGCUCUCUGGAGAUGAAACUCUUGAAGUGCUUUGUAUAUUUUCUCAAUUAGAUCUCUUUUCAGGAGUGUCCGUAGAACAAUAAACAUCUUUGACUUCUGA